AUGAGUAUCAGCGAAACUCCAUCCUCGUCAUUAGAUUCCGAUCAACGAAAUGAGAAUUUCGUGAAAAUGGAAUUCGAGCCACUCAUCAGUCUCAAGAAACAACGAGUUGGCAUGUGGCUUAGCCGACAAGCGGGUCUGAUCGGCCGAGCGAUUGCCCGAAGUCCACUCCUCGUGACGCUUCUCUCGAUCAUUAUCUUCUCGGCGUCAUGUGUACUUUUAUAUGUACUACCAAAGAAUAUUGUUCUAAGCUUUGAUGAGGGUUACACGACAAGCGAUGCGCCGAGUAUUCGAGAGAUGAAAGCUUAUACGAAUUUCUUUGGCAAUUUGGGGAAACCGUGGUACAUGGGUUUGUUCGCUGAGCCACGAAAUGGAUCAAUGAUCGAUCGGGCAGAGUUCUCCGAAUUUCGCACUUUUUACAAUCAUAUCAAGACCGAUUUGAUUCUCCGAGAAGUAAACGGAACUCGUUAUAACUACAGGGAUUAUUGCACACCAACAUGUGAUAUCAAUGAGAUUCUUUUCAAGACUUAUGAAAUGUCCUUUUUCGGGAUGAGCUGGCCGGUGACUACAAUUCUUUGGGUCUACGAGUCGAAUAUCGGGAAACACUUCUUCAAUCGAGUCAUGAAAGGUGAAGACAUCAUCUCCUCUCAAUUGGAGGGACUUUACUUUGCCGCUUUCAUCAAUUCAACUGAUGCUGACGAGGAUUUGCAAAGAUUUGAGAAAUUGGUGGCAAGAGCUGUUGAAGCGCACAACACUGAUCCGACAAAGAAAACGAUUCUCACACAGCAUUCUCAAGUUGUGAUGGAAACAGCGAUUCGACAAGGGAUGCAAAGUGUUACAAGUUAUAUGCUAAUUGGUGCAAUCGUGUUCCUCAUCUUCACAGUGAUUUCCCUCCUCUACUCUGCUCGUGUCCAUUCGCAACUCUCCGGCAAAUCACUUCUCAUAAUUCCACCAUCAAUCCUUCUACCAGUUUUCUCAUUGACAACUGCUGCAGCCACACAUGCUCUUUUCGGAAAUCACUUCAAUGCUGUCAUGCUCUUUGCUCCAUUUAUUGCCCUUGGUUUCGGAAUUGAUGGCAUUCUUCUUCUCUACAAUCAAUGGCUCCGAUCACAGAAGAAGAGAAUCUACGAUGAGAAUGAGGGACAAUUGCAAGAGGUAUUAGCUGAAACAAUGCCAUCAUUGGUGAUCACCACUCUCUCAUCGAUCAUUCUCAUCGUUGGAGUCAUCUAUCCAAUCACCGAAUACGCGCAAUUCUCUCUGUUCAUCGGAUUGACCAUCCUCUGGUCAUUCUUCUACCAGAUUUUCUUCUUCACCCCAAUCAUGGUGAUGAUUGUCCCAUCGAGACGUCACGAGUCACUCAAAGAGCUGAAAACUUUUGAGACGAAGACCAAGCGACGAUUCAUUGAUUCCUAUUCUGCACUAAUCACUCGAUCUAACUUUUUCAAGUUUUCCGUAAUCGCCGUUUUCAUUUUGGCGUUGGUCAUCCCGUCAGCGAUUGGGUUGAAAAAGAUUCGUGGAAAUCUUGACUAUCGUCAUCUCUUGCAUCCAGAGGCUAAAGCAAACAAAGGUGUUCACAUCAUGGGCGAUGUAGUUUGGCCCGAUAUCCUCCAAAUCAUGUUCUACAUCGAGAAACCGCCAAAAUUCGAGGAUUCCGCUCAAUAUAAGCAAUUUAAUGAAUUGGUUGAUGACAUUCAAAAGAUUGAUGGAGCGAUGAGAAUGAAAGAUAAUAUGAUGUUUGUAAAGGAUUUUAAAAAAUUCGCCAAUACGCCUUCGGAUGCAACUUCUCUGGACAUGACGAAAUUCUAUGCUUUCAUCACUGAUGAACUGUAUCAAGCAUGGAAUAGUGGAGUCAAGUAUCGAACACAUUUUGACUCCACGACAAACACGACUUCUGUAGAGAUCACGAACAUGCUGUACUUGGUGGCUUUCAAUGGAACUCGAUCACUUGCUGAUAAAGCAACUUUGUUAAGCAAAUGUCGAGAGGUUGCCUCCCGCUACACUCAAUUUCAAGUGAUUCCCUUUGACACAGAAGUCGGAAUGGCUGAUGUUGUCACCCAAGCACCAGAAGCGACAAUUAUUAUCCCGAUUGCUUGCCUUGUCUCACUUUUUGUUUGGUUUCUCUUCUUUGCUGCUAAUCUCACCUCGAGUCUCAUCGCUGCUUUUUCAGCGUCGGCUGUGUUUUUCUGCUCAUACGGUUUAUGUUCGUUGAUGGGUGCGACAAUCAAUCCAUUCUCGAUCGGAGCUCUCGUUUCCCUUGCCCCACUAUCAAUCAAAGCAGUUGUCCCAUUUGCGUACUUCUUCCAACUCUCAUCGACGAUGCAAAAGAAUGACAAUGUGCAGAGAAUAAGGAAUUCGAUGGCCAAGGCUUUGUUGCCAACUGUUCUGUCAUCGAUCUGUUCCUCAGCCCUCCUCCUGCCCGUCCUCUUCGUUCCAAUCCGUCUCUUCUCUUGUCUCUCAAUGCUAUCCUUCAUUCAUUUCCUAAUUUCCCUUCUCAUUCAAUGUCUCAUUCUUCCAAUUCUCUUCUCAAUCGUUCCUCGUGUUCUCACCGGCACUGGAUGUCUCUACACGGCAAAUGAUGCCUUC